AUGGAAUGUCCAACCUGCGAACAGACUCGCAAGGACUUCAUCUGUUCCUCGUGCCUUUCUCGCGAUUUGCAUGCUCAUCACACCGCGCUCACGCGUCUUUCCUCAGAGCGCGACCUUCUCGUCGCCAAGGCUUCCGCGUCCCUUGAACCAUUACAAAAGUCCCGCGGGAGGCGCGCAGAUGUAGCCGCCUUACGCGCACGUCUUGACGACAUACAGCUGCACACUCGGAAACUCCGCGAGGAAAAUGAGGAGAUGCGAGAACGCAUCGCAUCUAUGCGCGCUAUGCUUGCUGGAAGGCGAACUUCACUAGACGAAGCACAUCAUUCAUUCGACGAGUCGCCACCACGAACGCCAACUCCGACACCUCCUGGCGGCCCUCCACGGCGUCGACCGCCAACACCACCUCAAAAGCAAGACCACAUGGCGAUGCUAGUAACAGACAUCACGUCCAAGCACAUCAUCCUUCAGGAUGAACUAGCGAAAGCGCGCCAGGGCCUUGUGCAUGAACUCGUCGAUGUCUUCUCAGUCGUCGAGGUUGGCGGACGACCCGCUUCGGGCGUUCGAGCAGGAAUAAGAGGCGACUGGUCCAUUGGCGGACUUGUCCUUCCCGUUCCAGGCGACAUGCGCCGCUUCGCACCUGCACACGUCAACGCCGCGCUCACAUUCACAGUACAAUUCAUUGGUUUACUCAGUUUCUAUUUGGGUGUGAAGCUUCCAUUCGAAGUGACCUGGAGCGGAGGCAAAUUCGGCGUGGGGAUACCUGAAAUCUGCGCAGGAAGGGGUGGGGAAGGCGGUGCUUGGGCACGAUGGACUGCAAGAUGUCCUUUACACGUCCCAUUGAAUCCCAGUAGCGGGACUAAUGGCUCGCCUCCCCAUUCACCUUCCCCCGCACACCAGCCUUCUUUACCUUCUCCUUACACACCUUCACCUUUAUCAGCAAGCACACGAACACGACGCGAUUCUCUCUCCGCAUCCACUCACUCUUCCGUCUCCUUCCCAACCGCACUAGCCAUGCUCUCAUACAACACAGCUUACCUCGCAUACACUCAAGGACUAGACGUUUCGUUAUCUCUCGCAGCUUCCGGUGCCCUUCUCCCGACUCUAUGGGGCGUAUGCUGUAGCGCGGAACUCGGACGCAAAUCACAUUCUACUGGGUUCAAUGCAAAUACUAAUAUCAACAUCCCCGGAGCUAUUACAAGACUACCUCCCCCGACACACGGCUUUGCACUGGACUUCCGACAGCUUUUGCAGGCGCAGGCUACAGCUGCUGAUCAGACCCCGAUGCCUCCUCGAGUACGAAUACCCAGGGGUCGAGACGAGUUGACUAUUGAGGAGGAAGAUGGCUGGGAGGUCGUCGAGGAAGCAUGACUUAAAAUGUCGUCAUUUUACGGAUUUUUUCUCUUGUCCACAUUGUUUUGCUUAAUCAAUAAAUUUUCAGUCUAUACAGUCAUGGACAAUUCGUGUAUUUUGUAGACCAAGAAAAUACUGUAAUAAUGUACAUCACGCUAGACUCGUUUCAAUUGCAAUGCAAUGCAAUUCAAU